UGCUGUUGCUAAGCUAAGCCUUGCCGUGACGUUGACGCCCUCAUGAGAUGCAAUGCCUUCUGCCAAUCAUCAACAUGUUAACUAUACAAGACUGAAGGAAGAUAAGGAUCUAGCAACCGUGCAGAUCAAAGAGAAUGGAAACCCAAACAGAGGGAACUUUAGCAGUGCAAUAGAAGCAGCAGGUUUCGGGAGGUUCCACAUCAUCUUGCUUUUGGUUUGCGGUUGGGCAAACAUGAGCGAUGCUGUUGAGAUCCUCAGCGUCUCCUAUCUUCUCCCGAAUGCCUCAAGGGACAUGGAGAUCAGUAGCCCCCAGAAAGGUCUUCUAACAUCUAUCAUCUUCAUUGGUAUGCUUGUUGGAGGAUAUUUCUGGGGAUCAUUAGCUGAUAUCCAGGGGAGGCGUCAGAUACUCAUCUAUUCCCUGGCUUGUAAUGCAACCUUUGGGCUCUUGUCAAGUAUAUCACACAACUUCUGGCUAUUUCUCACCAUGCGAUUCCUCAGUGGAGUUGGUGUCGGCGGCUCAAUUCCAGUCAUAUUCUGUUACUUCAGUGAGUUCCAGCCGUCACGGCACCGCGGAGCCAUGGUCAGUUGCCUCGCUACGUUCUGGAUGGCUGGUAACAUCGUGACUGCUGCCCUCGCUUGGGCCGUCAUACCCAGGGAUUCCCUGCUGGCCAGCCUGGAGAGCUGGAGAGUCUUUGUGGCCCUUUGUUGCAUCCCAGCUGCAUCAUCGGUCCUAGCUUUCUUGCUCAUGCCUGAAAGUCCUAAAUAUUUGCUGGAGAGAGGAGAAGAAUCGAAAGCUUUGAAUGUUAUAAAAGAUAUGUAUAUGCAGAACAAAGGAGUAUCAAAUGCAGAUAGUUAUCCAAUUCGUUAUUUAAUAGCAUCGAGCAAGGAAGAGAAACAGAUGUUGAGGAAUGAUGUCAAGCGAGGGGGCUAUUGCGAUCAGACGUCAUCCCUCUUCCGAGCUACCUGUGAUCUGUUCCAGGGUCCACUGGCAAGAACUCUCAUCUCUAUGCUCGUCAUUAUAUUUAGUCUCUCUUUUGGGUAUUAUGGUCUAUGGAUGUGGUUCCCAGAGUUAUUCAAGAGAGUAGAGAUGGGUGGCUCGGCAUGCAGUGAUCUUAAGAAAUUAGUCACAGCGCCCUCUAUAAAUGCAGAAGACAACAUCUACAAAGAUGGUUUCUAUACAGCACUCUCCAACCUUCCUGGGAAUCUGGUAUCCAUCUUUCUCAUGGAUCGGCUUGGAAGGAAGUUCCUUCUAACAUCCAGUCUCUUGGUUUCCGGUCUCUGUGUAUUCUUCAUAUGGUUCCUAGAGACGAGGGGGCAGGUCCUUGCCAUGUCUAUUAUAUUUGGCGCCAUCUCUGUUAUAUCAUGGAACAGUCUCAGCGUGCUUAGCGUUGAACUGUACCCUACUGUUUACAGGAGUACAGCUUUAGGGGUGCAGGGUAUCCUCAACCGGACAGGGGCCAUCUUGGGCAGUCUAAUGUUUGGAAUCCUGAUCGACCUUCACUGUGCUGUUCCGAUGAUCCUCAUCGCAUUCAUGCUCGCCCUGGGGGGUUUCACUGCCUUCACCUUGCCAAAUACGACAAAGAUUGAGCUCAAAUAAGCUCUCCUGUAAAAUUAUGAUUAAAGGUAAAAGAAAGUAGUUGCAGCAAAUGAUUAUUUCAUGACAAAGUCUUGAAAUCAAGGUUAAAGAUCACAAUGUUAUCAUUGAUCUACACCUGGUACAUUAAUGUAAACCUAUCUUUGUGAAAUCAUAAAAUCUCAGAUUUUGAACUCUGAUAUAACUUAAACUGUAGUCCAGUGAAAUAUGUAGCAUAUUAAUGGAAAGCCAGGUAUGAGGCAGAUCAUUUCAGUCAAUAUUACAUUUAACAGCACUUUUGAUACCCAAACAGUUGAAAAUUGUCAUAUAUUUCGAAAUAAUGUGUAUGGCCCAAGAUAGGCAUAUGUCAAAAGUGGACUGAAGCACCUCGACAUAUGCAGAUAAACUCACUAUUUUUGAUCACCGGACUGGACUGAGUCCACCUAAAAGGUAAUGUGAGUCCUGCAAUUAACCCCCUUGGCGGCUUAAAGAGAAAUUCCAGUAGUUGCAGUUAACACUGAUUUCAUGAGAAAGUCUGUAAAACAAGGCUCAAUUGCCAG